UCAUCCAUAUUCAGUCAUUAUUAUGUUAAGGGGAAGUGGUGUAAGUUAGUCAACUAUUGUUGACUUUAUGAACGAAAUUCACACCCCUUUUGAAAGGCAGAUCAAAAGAAACAUUGAAUGACCUUUGAACCAGUAAAAUGACCUACAAGUCCAAGUAAAGACUGACAAACAAGAAAAAUGAGUUUUGAGGAAUGAAUUAUAAACUAUUUCCUGCGCAUGCACAUGUUAAAUCCUGACAGAGUACCUUGUAAUACCGUACAGAGCCUACAGUACACAGUAUAGGAUAAAUUUGCAGUAUUGAGAGACUGAAAGGAUUUGAGAAAUGGCGACUUCACAAAAGAUAAAAGUUGUUUGCCGCAUUCGAAGAAAGGCAGAAGAUGAAGAAGAUUCAACGGAAAACGGUUACACUUUUCCGGACGACAAAUCACUCCUUCACACAUCAUCUGGGAAAGUAUAUACUUUUGAUAAGUUAUUCGGUGCAAACGCAUCCCAAUUGGAAGUAUACAAUGAUGUUGCUAAGCCUAUUGUGACCGGUGUUUUUAAUGGCUUCAAUGGUACUAUUCUUGCGUAUGGGCAGACUUCAAGUGGCAAGACUUACACCAUGGAGGGAGAUGUAACAAAUGAGGAAAAAUACGGGAUCAUACCUCGUGUAGCCCAGGAUAUUUUCAACAGAACAGAGUCUUUACAAAACUCGAAAUACGAAAUAAAAAUUUCGUUUUAUGAGAUAUACCUGGAGAAAAUACGCGAUUUGUUCAAUGACUCACAGAAGGCCAAUUUAAAAGUUUAUGAUGAUAAGAAGAGUUUGCCUUUCAUUGUGGGAGGCAAAGAGAUAAGUGUCACAAACGUGAAUGAGAUUAUGGAUCUUUUUACAAAAGCAAAAUUGAAGAGGCACGUUGCUGCUACAGAUAUGAAUGAGCUCAGUUCCAGGAGUCAUACUAUUUUCCAGAUCGUGAUUAAACAAGAAAAUUUCACUACACGUAAAAAGCUUAUUGGAAAGCUACUUCUAGUAGAUUUAGCUGGCAGCGAGAAGGUCAGCCAUAAGGACCAAGUUGACUCGACAGUGAAACGUGAAUCGACUCAUAUCAAUAAAUCACUCUCUGCUCUCACCAGAGUAAUAUCUCUUCUAUCUGAAGGAUCGAAAGCUGUUGUGUUUUAUAGAGAUAGCCUCCUCACUCGACUGUUAAAAGAGAGUCUGGGUGGUAAUUCACAGACAGCGAUCAUCGUCUGCGUAGAUCCUUCGUUCGAAAAUGAAACAAAGUUGUCUUUGGAUUUCGGAAACAGGGCCAAAGUGAUACAAAAUAAUAUUCACCUGAAUGAAAAAUAUUGUGGAAGUAAGCUGAGUAGAUUUCUGGGUCGAUUUUUGCCUAAAAAUGACGUUUAUUUGAAGGAAUUUGUAUCUGAGUUGAAACGAUGGAGAAAUGGUAAGUUUUUUUUUUUAUUAAUUUGUUACUUUGAUUUAUGU